AAUAAGCGCUAGUUCCGCCCUCCUUCUUCCUUUCCUUCCUCUGGCAGCGCGGAGAGAGGUGCUUAAAAAUGUCUGCCCACCUGCAGUGGAUGGUUAUUAGGAACUGCUCCAGUUUCCUCAUUAAAAGGAACAAUCAGGUGUACAGCACUGAGCCUAACAAUCUAAAGGCCAGGAACUCCUUCCGGUACAAUGGUCUUAUCCACAAGAAAACAGUGGGUGUAGAGCCAGCUGCUGAUGGAAAAGGAAUAAUUGUUGUUCUGAAAAAGCGUACAGGUCAGCGUAAACCUUCUUCAUCCUAUGAAAAAAUAACCAUCAACAAGAACUCCCGCGCCACCCUGAGCAGCCUGCGGCACAUUAUCCGCAAGAACAACUACAGGAAGGAUCUCCGCAUGGCGGCACUUCGUCGUGCUAGUGCUAUCCUGAGGAGCCAGAAACCUGUUGUUGUAAAAAAGAAGCGCACCCGUGCUACAAAGACUGCAUAGUUUGUUUCCUGCAGAUGUCUGUAAUAAAAUGAUUAAAAACAGA